GGGGAUCUCGACGGGCGCUUCCUCCCGGCGGCUGUGAGGGGAGACUUCGGCGGCCCUUUCGGCUGGGGUGUCGGCGGCGGCUUGGGCGCCUGGGCUGGCCGACUCCCCCGCCUCUCUGUCUCUCCUUCUUCCCGCGGGUGCUCGGGAGCGUCAUCGUGGCCCGGCCUCGGUCAUGGCGGACUUCGAUGAGAUUUACGAGGAAGAGGAAGACGAGGAACGGGCCUUGGAGGAACAGCUGCUGAAGCACUCGCCAGACCCGGUGGUGGUGCGCGGCUCCGGCCAUGUCACUGUGUUUGGGCUGAGCAACAAAUUUGAAGCAGAGUUUCCUUCAUCACUGACAGGAAAAGUUGCACCUGAAGAGUUUAAAGCCAGCAUCAGCCGAGUGAACAGCUGUCUUAAGAAGAAUCUUCCAGUUAAUGUCCGGUGGUUACUCUGCGGCUGCCUUUGCUGCUGUUGCACCUUAGGCUGUAGUAUGUGGCCUGUGAUUUGCCUCAGUAAAAGAACACGAAGAUCGAUUGAGAAGUUAUUAGAAUGGGAAAACAAUAGAUUGUACCACAAGCUGUGCUUGCAUUGGAGGCUAAGCAAAAGGAAAUGUGAAUCGAAUAACAUGAUGGAAUAUGUCAUUCUUAUAGAAUUUUUACCAAAGACACCAAUUUUCCAACCAGAUUAGCAUUUGCUUUACAUAGAGACUUCCUGAGUAUGUUUUAUUUCCAACGGUGCCUUGCUUGGUGCUCUCCUCGUGAUGAUACAGAGUUGGUUCUACAGAAUCUUGUGGUGUUCUUCGUUCUUUUCUCUUUCGCUCUCUCCGGUUUUGUUUGUUUUUUUUUGAACAGCAUGUUCAAAGUGCAUUUUUGUCAAAUUUGGCAGAUAACAUUUUGUGUGGUUUAAAUUAUUACCUUCCCCCUUUCUGUUAAUGAACCCUGGUUUUCAGAGUCUUGAGGUAUGGGUAUACGUGUGGGUAUGUGUUUGAAUAUGCACACACAGACAUACAGGCGUGUGUGUUUAUGUAUAUAUACAUAUAUAGCUAUUAUAUACAAAUGAAAAUAGCUAUAAGUAUUCUAACCCCCAGAUAGACAUGUGAAAAUUGGCAAUCAUUUUAACCUAUGCACUUGCAUCUUGUCUAAAUCUCACCAUAUUUGGCUGGUGAUGAUAAUCUGUUUAUCAGAUUUUUUCCCCCUCCUCCUCUCUGGGAUGUAAAAUCAGCCUCUUCUGAGCCAACAAGCAGUAUUCCUUCAAAGCUCUAACAUCCAUUCCCUUUCUACUUUUUCCUGUUUCUUGAAGAAAUCCUGUCUGCUCAGAAGAUGUUCCUCCUCCAGAAACUUGAACAUGGAUUGCUGUUUCUCCACUGGAAGACUCAGUGGCAGAUUUGCGGGUGUCCAAUGGCUAAUCCUGCUCAGGAUUGUAAAAUUGACUAGUAUUUCCUAAGAGGGCUGGUGCACGUAUAACAGUGGGUAAUUUUCCUAUGGCUAAGAGAUUCGAAGUGGCCGAAUAGAACCUAGGGUUUUACAGUCUACUCCUAAUCUCUUAAUCAUGGUGAAAAAAUAAAGUGAUAUUUUGUUUAUACCAACUCCAUAUGUGUUUGUAUGGGUGCUUGUGAGGGGGGGGAGUGAGUGAGUGAAUAUGUGUAUGUUGGUGUGCAAGCCAGCAUGUAUUGUGGUUCAUGACAUGUAACAGCUUUCCUGUUCCUACUGUUUACCUGAUUGAAUAGUACACAAGGAUGCAAGAUGCACAGAACUAUAUUUGUUAAUAUUUCAGUAGUUUGAGUUAUUGAAUGUUACAGUGUUUGGCUCCAACCCACAGAAAGCUGUAUUUAAAUCCCAUUAAAAUCAUUGGGCUUCGUUAGUUGUUGCUACUGCUAUUAAGUUCUAUUUAUUUCAUUAGGGCUUAAGUGCAACUAAUAUUCUCCUUUCUUUAUUUUGAAGCUUUCCCUUGGGUUGGGGCCUUUGUGUGUAAAACAUUAACAGCAUUGUACCAGAAGCUAGCGAUGUGUUGUUAAUGUCUUGAUUUUUACAUCUGUACAUCAGAUGGAUGAAUUUUAAAAAUGGUUAUUUGAAUUAAUAGUUUACUGAAUGUCUGGAGUAAAUACUUACUGCAUUCUAGCUUCUAAAUUUUUUGUUUACAUGGUUAGCUUUCUGUUUCAUUUUUAUUAUUUGCACAAGGAAACUUUUUAAGAAUAUGAAUAUGUAAUAAUACGCUGUGGUCAGGCCAGUUUUUAGUUUCUUGGCUGUGCAUAUCUUCAUGUAUUUAAUGCCUGUUGAAUGCAGUUAUUUCUGAAACAUUGUUUCUGGAUUUUAAUGUAGGUGAACUAUAACAUAUUUUAAGGGCCUGUUCUUCAUGUAGCAGAGCAAUAAUGUGAAUAGCCAACAAAUACAGUUUGCAUAAUAUUUGUAUUAAUGAAAUGUUUAUCCCACUACAAGAAUAUCAGUUUUUUUCAUUUAAAUAUGUGUUUUGCUUUACUGUCAUAUACAGAUAUGUUUAUUGUGUAUUUGCCAAUGUUUGCUACUCAUAGCAGAUCGCUAAUAUAUUUUGAAUAUAUUUUGAGACAAUUUAAAGCUCUGUUGGCAUAUCACACCAUAUAGUGGCUCCAGUACUGUACUUUUAUUGGUUAAUCUUGUCAUGAUUCAGCCAGAGUCUGGCAUUUUUGAAUCUCACUGAGUUCAAUGGGAGAGAGUUGAAGCAUAUGCUUAGCCCCUCUCUGUUACAAAAAACAAUACAACUGGCUUUGAUUGGAUGACAUGCAUUGUUCUUUGCUUGAAAUAUGUAUCUGGAUUCUUUUUAAAAUAGGCUAGGUUCCCCUAUUACUUUAAGCCAUAAUAUAGUUUGCUUGAUUGGGCUGAGUGUGUUGUGCGAAUGAAAUCAUGGUUUGUUUUAGGGCAUUAAACUAUAGGUUGAAACCAUGGUUUAUUGUCGGCUUACUGACUACAACCAUGGCUUUGUGUGGAAAAUGACCAGGUAUAUAUGGAUGGAUGGUUUCCUGAUUUAUUUUUGGUUUGAUUCUGUACCCCACUGAAACCUUUAACCAGGCCUCAGAAACACGAGUAGACGAAAACAAGGAAAACAAAUCAAAAUUGCCCCAAAAGCUAAAAUUACUUUGCCCAUCUAACUUGGUUAAGAAAUCAUAGUAGGACCAUCCCAUGGUUGAUUACAAUACAUGAAUGCAGCCUAUGAAACAGCUUUAAAAUGUAUAUGUAGUUUUAGUCAGGUAUUCCAAAACUAUUUCCUAUCAUUCGUGAUCUGCUUUUUUCUUAACAAGAGAAACUGUAAAGCGUUUUUCUCCUCUUCUGUGAAUGUUCCAUAAUGUCUUAGAACAUAUGCACUUUUUAGACACAUAUUUAUAAUAAAGACUUGGGCGUUCUCCAACACAGUGCACUUACUGAUUUGAAUGGGCUUAAUUGUGCCUAUAUCUGUGUUGGCAUGGAGCCUUUAAGAUAAGAACACACACAAGAUGUAAAAUUCACUGUUGUUCCUAAAUGGAGAGAAAAUUGCUGUUAACCCUUAGCUUCUUAGGUCUAUCUCUUCACUUCUGUGAAGGUAGGACCUCUUUCCAAGGAUCUCUUUUGCAUUGUUUAGUUUUCCUGGGGAAAGAAAUGGGUAACUCUUUCCGUGUGCAAGAGCUUGGCCUGCAUGCUAGAGCUCCUGUAUGUGCAUAUAACCGCUGAAUAGAUUGAACGUUUGAUUCAUUAUAUUAGAAAACUUGGCUUAUAAGUAUUUUAUUCCUCAAAGUUUUUGUCAAUCAGAACUUUACAUGGACAGUUUUACAGCCUACUUGCAAUAGCAUAGAUGUUUUUGUGAUCAGGCCUGCAUAUAAUGCUCAUUAGGGCUACAAAGACACUAAUGAAAUGAGGAGUAUGUCAAUAUUAUCCUUCCCUCUUAGUUAAGUGUUGUGUCUGAUAUAAUUUGGGUAAUCUGUUGGAUGGUAGUACAGCCCCAUAACUACUUCUGUGAGUGAUCUACUUGUUGAGCUGCCUAUUCUGAGAAGAAGGGUUUAGCAUGACAUGGCAAUUCCUUCUUUAAUUCAAAAGUCAUGCACAGAAUUGCAGACGUUGCAGGAAGAGAGCCAUGGUAGUCUAUGGCAGUGUUUCUCAACCUUGGCAACUCUAAGAUGUCUGGACUUCAGCUCCCAGAGUUCCUCAGCCAGCAUGGCUGGCUGGGGAGUUCUGGGAGCUGAAGUCCAGACAUCUUAGAGGUGCCAAGGUUGAGAAACACUGGUCUAUUGUGGCAAAAAAUUGAGAAUAUAGUCACACUUUUUCCAGCUAGCAAGUUUUAUUAAAAGGCAUAAGCUUUCAUGAGCUGGGGCUCACUUCGCAGAUGCAUAGAGUCACUAGAGUGAUGUGGGAUUUAAAUAGGGGUGAGGUGAUGAUGUGAAAGAUCUUGCCUUUUAAAAUUGCUCUAAUAAAUAGACUUUUUGCAUAACAGUGAUUUACCUGAAUCUAGAAACUGAGGUUGGCUGAUCACCCUCUAAAUCCAUGGAUACCUUUGGCUAGAUUCACAACGAUUUAUACAACUGUGUUAUUUGGCAGUCUUUUUAAUAAGCAUGUCCACUCAUUUGAUUUGGGUUGCUUUAUAUACAUUUACCACCAUAUCUUUUCUCUUUGGGAUUGGUGGGCUGGGUUGGAUUUACUUGAGUUACAAGCACAAAACUAAGAGAUUGCUAAUUUCUUCGUGCAUGUCUAUGUAAUUGAUAACAGAUUUACAUCCCACAUGGCGGUGGCAUCAUGUAUAGUAAAGCUGAUAAUAAAAAUGAAAUGCGAAGAGUAAUGAGGCAAGGAAAAGUAUAAUAUCAUUAUUGUUCAGAUCUUGCAUCCACAGAAAGAGUUUUCAGACAGAAUUCACAUUUAUUCAGUUAUGAGUGUAACAGAAUUACAGCUGGUCCUCAAAACAUUGCUUUGCAUUUACAUUGCUCAUUUAAAAUAAUCGUAUGGUUACAUGCCUCUAUAUAUGCAAAUUACUUGAUGUUCUUCCUGCUUGUAUAUAAUUCCCCUCUGAACCAGAGGUACUUGAAGGUACUAAAAGUGGCAGGAAACCCACCCUAACCACGAAGGACUUGUCAGUGCCCUUGUUUUUGCAGUAUCAGACAAGUAGCAAAAAGGGUUUCACUGGUUCCUUGAUGGGCCAGUAUAUGGGGCUGAUUUUUUUCAUCCUAAACUGAAACUAUUUUAUAAUUGUGCAGGUCUACAUUUAGAAACGUGUGUUCUUUAUGAAAUUAUCAAAAAAGUUUAAGGCUAUACGUACCAAGGUUAAUCUUACUAAAGAGUAAGCGGUCCUGAACACAUUUAGUAAGCAUAAGACUGUAAUGUAACCCUAACUUUUUGGACUGCUAAUAAAAACAGAACCUCUUAUGAGGAUUAAGAAAAUGCAACUCCGGUUAAUCAA